UCCGGAGGCUCCGAGGUUCGCUUCGGGCGACCAGCGGGUUCCCUGCGGGCGGGAGUCCCGCCGCCGUGUCCCGGAGUGCUGCCGGCGCUGUGACCCCGGGUGCGAGCGGUGCCAACGCGCACAUCGGUGUGAGGCGUGUUGUGUGGGAAAAGCUCUGGCCCCGAGGGUAACUAUGUUCAAAAGAGGAGCACCUGGGAAGCUUUGUGCAGGAAGCCAAGAAGGUGCCACACGGGAGACGCAGCGGGGAGCCUUUGGCAGGUGGUGCUGGUGACGCACAGAAGUUACUUUGGCUUCGGACAGACAAAAGGCGCGGUGCGCUGCCCAUGUAGGUGUGCCGGUGUGCCCCCGAGAAGUUGGCUGGUGGCGCGGCGGCGGCGGCGCGGCGGCGGCUCGUCCUGGGCAGCGGCGGCGGCAGAUGAUGGUGGCGGCGCGGCGGUGAGCGGCGGCAUCCCGGCUCCGCCGAUGCGCCUGCCGGCCCCAUCCCCGCUCGGAAGGGCCACCUGAGGCUCCGGCAGCUGGGCAGGCAUCGCCAACGCCGGCAAGGGGGACGCGUGCCGGGAGCAGGCGGGCAAAGAGGUCGUGUACUUCGUGGCCGGAGUCGGCGUGGUUUACAACACCAGGGAGCACAGCCAGAAAUUCUUCCUCGGGCACAACGAUGAUAUUAUCAGCCUCGCCAUGCACCCCGACAGGACGCUGGUGGCCACGGGGCAGGUGGGCAAGGAGCCCUACAUCUGCGUCUGGGACUCGCUGCGGCUGCACACGGUGUCGGUGCUCAAGGACGCGCACACGCACGGCGUCGCCUGCCUGGCCUUCGACUCCGACGGACAGCGUUUGGCUUCCGUGGGGCUGGACGCCAAGAACACCGUGUGCGUGUGGGACUGGAGGAGGGGGAAGCUGCUGGCCACGGCCACGGGCCACUCGGACCGGAUAUUUGAUAUUUCCUGGGAUCAGUAUCAGCCAAACAGAAUCGUCAGCUGUGGAGUGAAACACAUAAAGUUUUGGACGCUGUGCGGGAACGCCCUGACGGCAAAGAGGGGAAUCUUUGGUAAAACGGGAGAUCUCCAAACCAUCCUGUGUCUGGCAUGUGCCAAAGAAGAUGUCACCUACUCCGGGGCUCUGAACGGGGACAUCUACGUGUGGAAGGGACUGAACCUGGUGCGCACCAUCCAGGGAGCACACAGUGCUGGAAUUUUUAGUAUGUAUGCUUGUGAGGAAGGCUUUGCCACCGGAGGGAGAGACGGCUGCAUUCGGCUGUGGGACACCGAGUUCAAACCAAUUACCAAAAUUGAUCUCAGGGAGACUGAACAAGGGUACAAAGGUCUGUCCAUCCGCAGCGUGUGCUGGAAGGCUGACAGGCUGCUGGCAGGCACUCAGGACAGCGAGAUCUUCGAGGUGCUGGUGAGAGAGAGAGACAAGCCCAUGCUGAUCAUGCAGGGGCACUGUGAGGGGGAGCUCUGGGCCCUGGCAGUGCACCCCAAGAAGCCCUUGGCAGUCACGGGCAGCGAUGACCGAUCCGUACGGUUGUGGAGCCUGGCUGACCACGCCCUGAUAGCUCGCUGUAACAUGGAGGAGGCCGUGAGGAGCGUGUCCUUCAGCCCUGACGGAUCCCAGCUCGCACUGGGAAUGAAGGAUGGCUCCUUCAUUGUCCUCAGAGUGAGGGACAUGACGGAGGUGGUUCACAUCAAGGACAGGAAGGAGGUGAUCCACGAGAUGAAGUUCUCCCCGGACGGCUCCUACCUGGCCGUGGGCUCCAACGACGGCCCCGUCGACAUCUACGCCGUGGCCCAGAGAUACAAAAAAAUCGGGGAGUGCAACAAAUCCUCCAGCUUCAUCACCCACCUCGACUGGUCUGUGGACAGCAAAUUCCUGCAGACCAACGACGGGGCCGGGGAGAGGCUCUUCUACAAGAUGCCGUCUGGGAAGCAUCUCACCAGCAAAGAUGAGAUCAAGGGAAUCCACUGGGCCUCGUGGACCUGUGUGAUGGGAUCUGAAGUGAGUGGGAUUUGGCCAAAGUACACAAACGUUACGGAUGUCAACUCUGUGGAUGGAAAUUACAGCAGCUCGGUGCUGGUGACUGGAGAUGAUUUUGGGCUGGUGAAGUUAUUCAGAUUUCCGUGCCUGAAGAAAGGAGCUAAAUUCAGGAAGUAUGUUGGCCACUCAGCACAUGUCACCAAUGUCCGCUGGUCCCAUGAUUUCCAGUGGGUGUUGAGCACAGGAGGUGCUGAUCACUCUGUUUUCCAGUGGCGCUUUAUUCCAGAAGGGAUGACAAAUGGCAUCCUGGAAGCCUCUCCACAAGCAGAGGGUGGUGUGGAUUCCUACAGCGAGGAGUCAGACUCGGAUUUAUCCGACGUGCCGGAGCUGGAUUCCGACAUCGAGCAGGAAGCUCAGAUCAACUACGAUCGCCAGGUUUACAAAGAAGACCUACCUCAGCUGAAACAGCAGAGCAAGGAGAAGAACCACGCCGUGCCCUUCCUCAAGCGAGAGCGAGCGCCCGAGGACAGCCUGAAGCUGCAGUUUAUCCAUGGUUACAGGGGCUAUGACUGCAGGAACAACCUGUUCUACACGCAGACAGGGGAGGUGGUUUAUCACAUCGCCGCCGUGGCCGUCGUGUACAACCGGCAGCAACACUCACAGAGGCUCUACCUGGGCCACGACGAUGACAUCCUCAGCCUCAGCAUCCACCCCGUCAAGGACUAUGUGGCCACGGGGCAGGUUGGAAGGGAUGCUGCUAUCCACGUUUGGGACACCCAGACACUGAAAUGUUUGUCCCUGCUCAAAGGCCAGCACCAGAGAGGAGUGUGUGCACUGGAUUUCUCAGCUGAUGGGAAGUGUUUGGCCUCUGUUGGGCUGGAUGACAAUCAUGCCAUUGUGUUCUGGGACUGGAAGAAAGGGGAAAAGCUGGCAACAACCAGGGGCCAUAAAGAUAAAAUCUUUGUAGUGAAGUGUAAUCCACAUCAUGUCGACAAACUGGUCACCGUUGGGAUGAAGCACAUCAAGUUUUGGCAGCAAACAGGUGGAGGCUUUACCUCCAAGCGAGGCACGUUCGGCACUGCUGGGAAGCUGGAAACGAUGAUGAGCGUCUCCUACGGGAGAAUAGAGGACCUGGUUUUCUCUGGAGCUGCCACUGGAGACAUUUACAUCUGGAAGGAGACCCUGCUGCUGAGGACAGUGAAAGCCCAUGAUGGGCCUGUGUUUGCCAUGCAUGCACUGGAUAAGGGCUUUGUGACUGGUGGAAAGGACGGGAUCGUGGCCCUGUGGGAUGAUAUGUUUGAGAGGUGUCUGAAGACAUAUGCCAUCAAAAGGGCAGCACUGUCUGCCAGUUCCAAAGGGUUACUUUUGGAGGACAACCCCUCGAUCCGAGCCAUCAGCCUGGGACACGGGCACAUCCUGGUGGGAACCAAAAAUGGAGAGAUUCUGGAAAUUGAUAAAAGUGGGCCCAUGACUCUGCUUGUGCAGGGCCACAUGGAAGGAGAAGUGUGGGGGCUGGCAGCUCACCCCCUGCUGCCCGUGUGUGCCACGGUGAGCGACGACAAGACGCUGCGCAUCUGGGAGCUGUCGGCGCAGCACCGCAUGCUGGCCGUCAGGAAGCUCAAGAAAGGGGGCCGCUGCUGUGCCUUCUCUCCCGACGGCAAGGCCCUGGCCGUGGGGCUCAACGACGGCAGCUUCCUGGUGGUGAACGCCGACACCGUGGAGGACAUGGUCUCCUUCCACCACAGGAAGGAGAUGAUCUCGGACAUCAAGUUCUCACGAGAAUCAGGAAAGUACCUGGCUGUGGCCUCCCAUGAUAACUUUGUAGACAUCUACAAUGUACUGACCAGCAAAAGGGUUGGCAUUUGCAAAGGUGCCUCCAGCUACAUCACCCACAUCGACUGGGACUCCAGAGGAAAGUUAUUGCAAGUCAAUUCUGGUGCCAAAGAACAACUAUUUUUUGAAGCACCGAGGGGGAAAAGACACAUCAUAAGAAUUGCUGAGAUAGAGAAGAUCGAAUGGGACACGUGGACGUGUGUUCUUGGGCCCACCUGUGAGGGGAUCUGGCCCACGCACAGCGAUGUCACCGUGGUCAAUGCCGCCAGCCUGACGAAGGACAGGACCCUCCUGGCCACCGGAGAUGACUUCGGCUUCGUGAAGCUUUUCUCGUACCCGGUGAAGGGCCAGCACGCCAAGUUCAAGAAGUACGUGGGGCACAGCGCCCAGGUGACCAACGUGACGUGGCUGCACAACGACUCCGUGCUGCUCACCGUGGGUGGGGCCGACACCGCCCUCAUGAUCUGGACCAGGGAGUUCCUGGGCAUCCAGGAGAGCAAGCUGGUGGAUAGCGAGGAGUCAGACACAGAUGCAGAAGAAGAUGGAGGUUAUGAUAGUGAUGUGGCAAGAGAAAAAGCCAUUGACUACACCACGAAGAUCUACGCAGUGAGCAUCCGGGAGAUGGAAGGCACAAAGCCCCACCAGCAGCUCAAGGAAGUUUCAGUAGAAGAGAGGCCACCAGUCAGCAGAGCUGCUCCUCAGCCCGAAAAACUGCAAAAGAACAAUGUCCACAAAAAAAAGAAACUGGUUGAGGAGCUGGCUCUGGACCAUGUUUUUGGAUACAGAGGGUUUGACUGUCGCAACAACCUGCACUACCUGAACGACGGUGCCGACAUCAUUUUCCACACGGCCGCAGCUGGCAUCGUCCAGAACCUCUCCACCGGCAGCCAGAGCUUCUACCUGGAGCACACGGACGACAUUCUGUGCCUGACGGUGAACCAGCACCCCAAGUACAAGAACGUGGUGGCCACCAGCCAGAUCGGUGACAUGACAGAAUUCCCAGGCACAACUCCCACAAUCCACAUCUGGGACGCCAUGAGCAAGCAAACCAUUUCAAUGCUGCGGUGCUUCCACACCAAAGGGGUCAACUACGUGAACUUCAGCGCCACUGGCAAGCUGCUGGUGUCGGUGGGAGUGGACCCAGAGCACACCAUCACCGUGUGGAGGUGGCAGGAAGGGGCUAAAGUUGCCAGCAGGGGAGGACACCUGGAGAGGAUCUUUGUUGUGGAAUUCCGGCCAGACUCCGACACGCAGUUUGUGUCGGUUGGGGUGAAGCACAUGAAGUUCUGGACGUUGGCUGGCAGUGCUUUGCUCUACAAGAAAGGAGUCAUUGGUUCCAUGGAAGAUGCCAAAAUGCAAACCAUGCUUUCUGUUGCCUUUGGAGCAAACAACCUGACGUUCACGGGUGCCAUCAACGGAGAUGUGUACGUGUGGAAGGACCAUUUCCUGGUGAGAUUGGUGGCCAAGGCCCACACGGGCCCCGUGUUCACCAUGUACACCACUCUGCGGGACGGACUCAUCGUGACCGGGGGCAAGGAGAGGCCCACCAAGGAGGGGGGAGCAGUGAAGCUGUGGGACCAGGAGAUGAAGCGGUGCCGGGCCUUCCAGCUGGAGACGGGGCAGCUCAUCGAGUGCGUGCGCUCCGUGUGCCGGGGGAAGGGGAAAAUCUUAGUGGGAACAAAAGAUGGAGAAAUCCUUGAAGUAGGAGAAAAAAACGCUGCUUCAAACUUGUUGAUUGACUGUCACAUGGAAGGGGAGAUCUGGGGCUUGGCAACUCACCCCUCCAAAGACAUCUUUAUCUCUGCAAGUAAUGAUGGAACAGCGAGGAUCUGGGACUUGGUGGACAAAAAGCUGGUGAACAAGGUGGCCCUGGGGCACCCGGCGCGCUGUGCCGCCUACAGCCCCGACGGGGAGAUGGUGGCCAUCGGCAUGAGGAACGGCGAGUUCGUCGUCCUGCUCGUCAACAGCCUCAAGGUCUGGGGCAAAAAGCGGGACAGGAAGUCGGCAAUCCAGGACAUCAGGAUCAGCCCAGAUAACAGGUUUUUGGCAGUGGGGUCACAGGAACACACUGUGGAUUUCUAUGAUCUCACCCAAGGCACAACCCUGAACCGAAUCGGGUACUGCAAGGACAUUGCCAGCUUUGUCAUCCAGAUGGACUUCUCUGCAGACAGCAGGUACAUCCAGGUCUCCACGGGCGCCUACAAGCGCCAGGUUCACGAGGUGCCCCUGGGGAAGCAAAUCACAGACCCUGCAGUCAUAGAGAAGAUCACCUGGGCCACGUGGACCAGCAUCCUGGGAGAUGAAGUCCUCGGGAUCUGGCCCCGCAAUGCAGACAAGGCAGACGUGAACUGUGCCUGCGUGACCCACGCUGGGCUCAACAUCGUCACGGGGGACGACUUCGGGCUCGUGAAGCUCUUUGACUUUCCCUGCACAGAAAAAUUUGCCAAACACAAGCGGUACUUCGGGCACUCGGCGCACGUCACCAACAUCCGCUUCUCCCACGACGACAAGUACGUGGUGAGCACCGGCGGGGACGACUGCAGUGUGUUCGUGUGGCGGUGCCUGUGAGGAGCAGGGACUGGGACAGCCGGAACGCCCCGGGACGCUGCCUGAGGGGCACCUGCACUCGCAGCCCCUGCCUGAGCUGGCCUGGGACAGCCCCGGUCCGGGAAGGAGGGUUGCAGGGAAUCCUUUGGUGCCCUGGGAGGCCAAAGGGUGAACGGUCCCCUCACGGAGCUGCUCUGGCCCCAGGCCGCGUUGUUCCAAUCCUAGAGCACGCCCGGGCCCACCCCUUCCCUCCUGUUCCCCCCUUUCAGGCCCGGCGUUGGGGCAGGAGAGGGGGCACUGCAGCUCCUGGGGCUGGGGGGGCAAAGGGGCCCGUCCUGAACUCCAUCCGCUGGUCAAUACACACCCCUGGCUCCAUUUCUAUCCACCAAGUGCCUUGGAAUGCUUUCCCAGCAGUUUGGGCUCCAGCCUCGCCUCCACCACCUGCUUUCCACACACGGUGCUACGACUGAGUCCAGGAGGGCUGAGCCACCCCCUUCUCCAGCUGUGCCGACACCAUCCCUGGGCUCCAGUGGCUCCCCCGGGAAUUCCAACAGCAUCCUGUGCUGCCAGAGGCAUGGACUGAUAGCACUGCCCCUUCCUGGGCAGUGGCCCAGGGGGACACGGGCUUUGCACACCCCGUAAACUGCCCUGAGCAGACACCGAGGCUCCUUCCCCCCUGCUCCCACCCUCUCCCUUUCCUGGGAAAUGUGCUUUGCAAGAACUCCUUCCACAGGCAGGGCCAGCCAGAACCCUGGAAGAGCCCCCAAGGAUCCCAGUUCCCAUUCUGGAGGGGCUCCCUGCCCUGGCCCUGCUGGCUCCUCUGCCCAUCCUGCUGCUCCUGCUCUGGAGCCCAGCUCAGCUCUGGGGCAGCUGAACUGAGCCAGAGCUGCCCCCGGGGGGCCUGGCACCACACACAUUCCCAAAGAAAGGAAAGUCCCUUUCCCUUUGUUACAACUCUGUCAGAACCAAAAACCCCCAGGGACGGUGCACUGGGAAAAACAAAGUUCAGCUUUUUCCAUGGAAACUGUUCAGAAAGGAACAGCAAAGGUGUCAAAACUGCUAUUUAAGCUAUUUAAAACUCCUAGUGUGCAACCACCACCAGAUUUUUAAAUCACCUUUCUUUGUUAUCUACAAUAAAUAAAGGCUAAAGGAAAACAUUUAGACUUA